AUGUCGACAAUUUUUAACAAAAACAGCGUCUACUUCGGCGUUCUUUGGUCGUCAUAUUACGCCUUGGGCGGCGUUGACUUAUAUGACGGGAAUUAUGGAAGCAUUCGCUAUUGGGCUGCUGUGCUGCUUAAUGUUCUCGUGACUUUGUGCUUGCCGCUGAUGCUUUUCAUGACCAUGUUCAGCUUCGAUCUACCGCUGGAGAAUCUGAUGAACUUCAAUAUAACGCUCACCUCGGCGUGCGCCUCUGUGAAAUUCGUAGUAUAUGUCACUCAGCUGAAGAAGAUUGUGGAGAUCGAGCAGCGAGUGGCUCAGCUGGACAGACGAGCGGACACGGAUGAGCAACGUUCUUAUAAGGCCCAAAUGGCCAGGAAAUUAGUCAUCAUGUCAACUGUGUACAAAUAUAUUUACUGCUGUGCUAUUGUAACCACAUGUGCUCCUCCUUUGUUUCAAAAGGAGCGCUCGUUGCCAUUCCCAGCCUGGUUUCCAACGGACUGGACUACUUCGCUGACCAGUUACAUAAUUGCUGUGAGUCACCAGAUUCUCGCAAUAGUCGUUCAAGUGCUGCAGAACUUUGUGGAUGAUCUGUUUCCGCCAAUGAUCUUCCUGAUCAUUGUUGGCCAAUGCGAGAUGCUCAUCCAGCGCCUCUCGAGCAUCGGCUACGACCACUGCGAUCAGUGCGCCAAUGAACGGAAGCUCAUCGAAUGCAUACGUGAUCAUCAGAAGAUCAUUCGCCUACACGAACUCACCAUGGAUGUCAUCUCGUACCCCUUGUUGGUGCAGUUCGUUGUGAUCUCCAUCGAUGUGGGCACCGCCCUGUGUGCUCUACUAUUUUACGCCGACAAUAUGAACGACAAAAUCUACUUUAUCUCGUUCAUUUUCGCCAUGACCAUGCAAAUAUUACCCAUUUGCUACUUAGGAACCAUGGUGGAGUAUUCGUUUGGAUAUUUGCACUUUGCUGUCUAUAGCAGCAACUGGGUCGAUCAGAGCAUUUCCUACCGCAAGAGCGUACUCAUCUUUGCGGAGCGCACCCAGCGACUUCCUAAGCAGAUUGCCGGCAACUUUAUACCGAUUGCCUUAACCACGUUCCUCGCUAACUGCAAGGCGGCCUAUUCCUUCUGCACUCUCCUCGCAGACACUGGAGAAAAGAAGUAG